AUGUGCCUACAGGGCUUUCGGCUGGAUUUUAGCCACUUUAGCAAACGCUGGCAAGGGGCUGUGGCAACUAUUGUAGAAGAUGCUGAACAACAUGUGUGGGGAGUGAUAUGGGAGCUUGAUGAGCAGCAUAGAGAAACACUUGACAAUCAGGAGGGCGUGCAUCAAGGCAUCUACCGGCCGCUCUCGGUGAUGGCCGAGACGCCCGACGGUCGGCGCCUCGCCUGCCGUAGCUACCAGCUGGCAGCUCCGCCCGGGGGCGACGGGCGCCCGUCGGCCGUCUACAAGCGGGUCAUCCUACUCGGAGCCACUGAGAACGCGCUGCCUGACGCCUACCUGCGCUUCCUGGCCGCCCUGCCGGACAACGGCUACAGCGGCGACGUGGACGUGGGCCUGGACCUCGGUCAGACGUGACGUGGAUCGACGUAGACGUGGGUCUGGACCUCGGCCAGACGUGACGUGGAUCGACGUAGACGUGGGUCUGGACCUAGGUCAGACGUGACGCGGGGUGACGUGGGCGUUGGCCUGGGCCUCGACAACACCGGACUUUGCAGGGGUGCGGUGGGGUGGACACGCCCAGCGGUGGCGCGGCGCUGGGGACGCUUGUGGUGGGACGCGGCUUGAGCUCCCCUCAGCCCCCGCUCGGCAGCGUCGCAGUUACAACUGCUCAGGGAGGUCUGAAGUCAAGGUCAGGGAACCUGGGCCAUGCGGGAGGAAGGCGAAAAUCUGACUGUGCCCCUUUCUGGCCACGAUGCUUAUAACUUGCACAGUGUCUACGCUGCUGCGCUUGUGCAGUUGUUCCAGCACCCUAAGGAAUUGGGAUAUUUGGGAUUGAAUAUGAGAUGAUGUGAAUAGUUGAUUGCAACAUUUACUUAAUGUAGUCGCUCUGGCUAUGUAAUCAUGGACCCAGCCAUAUAGGGCAACUUCUACCGAUCCAUUGUCCACCAUUCACGACCCACUGAUCCACUUUUACCACUGAGAGGAGUAUCAGGUGACUGUUUACCGAGUUGUGUGGGAGUUCUACAGUCAUGACGACGACCACAGCAUCGCGCGAAGUCGGGCAACUGUUUUUUGUUACCAUGUGUGUGUAGCCCUUUGUUUGCCGGUGUGGUGACUAUGGCGCUCUCUUGGAGUACACCUGUUCUCCCGGUUAUCGGCCCUGGACUGGUAUCUACCUGCAGUGGGAGACUGGCAGUGAUGUGAUGGUGAUGGUGACGUGCCACGCGUGCUCUCCAUGCCAGUCUUUUAAGCACACCAGUGCCCUCAUGAAGCUUUUAACCUUUGAUGCGCCGGUAAAGCUGUGUGAUAUAUGUUCGCGUUUGGAUAGAUCUGGGUCCAUUUGCUUAUUGUUAGUUUUCGUUGUUGCUCAAGCUUGCUUUGAUCGAUUGGAGGGCGUUGCGUCAAAUGCAUUGACCGUCGCAAACGGGAAA